AAACGAAACCCCCCAAAUCCCCCAAACCCCCACGAAGAAGUAGAAGAGAGAAAAAAGCUCUCAUCAAUCCCACACCCAUGGCCUCCACAACCGCCGCCGCCGAGGACCACAAGGGCAAGCGCCCCCUGCCGCCGGAGGAGGCGGACGAGGCAGCGGCUGCGCCGCCCCCCGCCGCCGCGGAGGAGGAGGGCGAGAAGCUGGUGCUGGUGUCGGACGACGGCGUGGAGGUGCUCGCGUCGGUGGCGGCGGCGCGGGUGUCGAAGACGCUCCGCGGCAUGAUCGAGGACGAGUGCGCCACGGGCGCCAUCCCCAUCGCCGGCGUCCACUCCGACGUGCUCGCCCUCCUCGUCGAGUACUGCGAGAGGCACGCGCCGCACUACGACCCGGAGGCCUCCGACCGCGACCGCUACCCGUUCCCGCCCUUCCCCGUCGAGCUCCCCCCCACCGCCUCCUCCAUCAAGCCCGUCACCUUCGUCGACCCCGACGCCGACCCGCACGGCCUCAAGGCGUUCGACAAGAAGUUCCUCGACGUCGACAACUCCACCCUCUUCGAGAUCAUCAUGGCUGCCAACUACCUGAACAUCGAGGAGCUGCUCGACGACGCGUGCACCGCGGUGGCGGACAAGAUGAGGGGGAAGAAGCCGGAGGAGAUCCGCGACAUCUUCGAGAUCGAGAACGACUACACGCCGGAGCAGGAGGCGGAGGUCAGGAGGGAGAACGCCUGGGCCUUCGAGGACUGAAGGGAGAGGAAGGCUUGGCUUGUUCUGACUAUUAGAAGAUAGGCCUCCACAGAUUGAGUUCUGAAUUACUGAAAAAACUUCCAUACUGGUAGAAUCAAAUUAGGCAUCGAAUACUGCAAAAUUUUGCUGUGAGUUGUGGUGGAUGUUCUUCUGAUCUGGUUCAGAUCAGCACAAAACAGUUAGAUAGAGUAAAUCGGUAUGCUUAUUUUAUAUCUUGCUCAGCUUCAGUAAUUAGUUUA